AAUUUUAGUAGCGAUGAUGGGAACUAUUACGGCGGAUGAAGUCAACUUCCAGCAGUUGUUGGAUCUCAGUGAGAGGCUUCUUACGGAUGAUAUCUCUCCCAAUAUGCCCAAACUUCAUGCAGCUUUGAAAGAGAUGGAAGAAUUAUACGAUCGAUUGCAAGGGAACAGGAAUAUUGAUGAUGAUGUUUUAAAAUAUUAUGGACGAGAUUUGCAAACACUACGCCUGCAAAUUGAAAGAGAACAAAAAAGGCCUGCCAUAAUUAAUGAUGAACAAGAUUUGACAGCAAAUUUUGGAAUUGCUGCCGAAGGUCCGAAUGAAAGCAAAGGUCCGAGUGAAAGCAAUGCUUUUAUGGAAGCUAAAAAGAAAGCCGCACAUCAGGCAGAGUUGCGCAUGCAGUUACUUGGAGGACCGGAAAGGUCAUCAUCGCUUGAUCUUGAUUUGGACACGGAACAAAUUGCUAAGCGUGAAGCUGAGAAGCAAGAAAAUUUGAUGGGCGAAUUAUUUGGUAUGGUACGUUUAAUGAAACAAACAUAUUCAACAGCUAGUGCAGUCAUCAAAGAGGAUAACGCGACAUUAUCUCGAUUGCAUCAGGCGACAAAUAAUCAUAAAGGGAGUUUGUUAAGAGAAAGCAAACGACUUGAAGAACGUGCAUAUCGUUCAUGGUGUGACUGUUUGUAUGUUCUAGGUGUUUGUGCUAUAGUUAUGUCAUUUAUAGCUAUGGUAAUUAUCAUGAGGGUUUUCACUAAAAAAUCUUUAUGAAAUGUACAAAUUUUAUUCUUGAAGCGCA